AGCUCUACAAACAAGAGUUUAAUCACUUAGCAGUCCACACAAAUGGCUAGGUUGGUCUUGUUCACGGUGGUCCUCGCAGCCCUCCUAGCCCACUCCGCCGCCGAAGGGGAUAACAUCCUGCAGUUGCCCUCCGCCGCUCAAGGGCAUAACAUCCAGCAGCUAUCGUGUCAACUUCAGCUCCAGCAGAGCUCACUCGAGGCAUGCCGGCGGGUCGUGAACCAGCAGCUGGCCACUCAGAGCCCCUUCUUCUUCUCGCCACAAGUUGUCACCGCCAACUGGGUGCAGGCGCAAUGCUGCCAGCAGCUCCGGGACAUUAGCCGCGAGUGCCUUGCCAGCGCCAUCCGCCAGAUCGUGAGCCAAUACGAGCAUCAAACCGUGGUGCCACUCGAAGGAGGAUCGUUCCAACCUAGCGAAACUUUUCCGGCGCAGCAAGGGCAAGGGUUGUACCUCCCCGGCCAAUCUUUUCCGCAACAGCCAGGGCAAGGGUGGUACAUUCCUGGACAGACUUUUCCGCAGCAGCCAGGACAAUGGUGGUACCUCCCCGGCCAACCUUUCCCGCAGCAGCCAGGGCAAGGGUGGUACCUCCCCGGUCAAUCUCAGCAGCCAGGGCAAGGGUGGUACCUCCCCGGCCAAUCUUUUCCACGGCAGCCAGGGCAAGGGUGGUACCUUCCCGGCCAGACUUUUCCUCAGCAGCCAGGGCAAGGGUGGUACAUUCCCGGCCAAUCUUUUCAGCCAAAGCAGGGGCAAUGGUCUUACCGCCCCGGCCAAGAUUUUCCACAGCAACAGCCAGGAUCCUACUGCCCGAGCCAAACGUUUCCGCAGCAGCAACAGCCAGGGUCAUACCACCCCAUCCAAACUUUUCCUCACAAGCAACAACAGAAGCCCUUUGGCUCCAUUGAACAGGGCAAGCCGGUAGCCGGACAUGAGUCAUCCGGCGAGGCUGCACAGCAUCAAGAGCAAGGGCCAUCCUCCACCAGCGAAGCGUUCCCACCACUACAACAAGGAGAACAGUCCUUCGGUGAGUCGACCAUGGAGCAGCAGCAGGGAAGCCAGGAUCCCUCCCACAUGCACAACAACCUUUACCGCCAAGCCGUGCAGCCAGCCCAACAUAAUCUUGGCGAGACCGUGCCACAGCAGGAGGUACAAGGUCAGUACUGCGGCAAGCAAAGUCAGACGGGAUUCGGUGUGUCUUCAUCUCCAUCUCUUUCUGGCACCGACCAGCAGGCAUCCCGCCUGAAGAUACAACUGGAGGUGGUCGCUAGGGCGCGGCAGAUCGCAGCACAGUUGCCAACCAUUUGUCGGCUCUAGGACCAGUCAGUACUAGGCUAGAACUCUCCAUACUCGAAUGCAUGCUCCCCCUAGCUUGAUAAUAAACGUGACGUGUGGUCACUGUGUUUGAUGCAAGUA